CCGUGAGCUCCUUACUCUAUUUAGCGACGAACUUGGUGUUGUCAAUCGCCUUCUUUUCUUCGAGAGUGUCGUGCUAUCUAGUGGAUGAGCCGUUGAAAUCGGCACUGUUGACCUGAUGUCUUCCAAGUUACUUUUUGCUGAACUUAUGAAAAUCUGUUCCUCUUCUGGGUCAAUCUAAGCUCCGGUUAGUUGCUUUAGGCGAAUGAUUUUCAUUAGCUGGAUUACUUAGCUUUGAGUCGCGUUUGUUGCUUGUAGAAUUGUGUAUUGUGAUUAUUGAAGUGAAUAGAGGUUAGGUUCUCCAUAUUUGGAAUUGGUCUGUGUUUUCAUUGUACAAGCGGAUGAUCAUCGGGUUUGUGACUGAUUAGCUGCUGCAUGUUGCUAUUUCAUUGAACCAGUUGUCUGAAAAUGCAAGGAGGAAGGGGAGGCGGGGAUCCGUUCUUUGGUUUCGGUGGUGAUCCAUUUGCUGGUUUUGGGGGAUUUGGAGGAUUUGGAGGGCGGAGGAGCAUGUUGCCUGGCUUAUUCGACGGAAGGAACCCAUUCGACGAUCCUUUCUUUACUCGUCCAUUUGGAGGAAUGUUCGAGUCCAGUAUCUUUGGCCCCCAUGCAAAUCCUUUCGUGCCAAUGCAUCCACCAACAUAUAUUGAGCAUCAAGCUCCAGUACCCAAUAGAUCACAAGGACCGACAAUUGAGGAACUAGAGUCUGAUGAUGAGAAGCAGGAUGCUGAUAAGGAGAGGAAAGAGAACUCCAGAAAGCAUGGGAGGUCUGGUAAAGGGCCAUAUGUUGAGGAAGUGGACGACGAAGCUGAAGGCAGGCAGCACAAGCAGUUGAUGGCUGAAAAUAGGCACAACAGUUUCAGUAGAGUUCAGUCUCGGCCUCAACGUCAGAGCUUUGUGUUUCAAAGUUCAAGUGUCUCCUAUGGUGGUGCUGGUGGAACUUACUACACUUCAUCCAAGACAAGGAGAACAGGAAAUGAUGGGGUGAGGUCCUCUAGUAAUCACCGGAAGGUAACAUUUGAAGAAAGCAAAGAAGCUGAUAGUUCUACAGGCAUAGCAUCUCAUAGGAUUUCCAGGGGGUUACACAACAAGGGUCAUACCGUAGCACGUAAGCUUAACUCUGAUGGGAAUGUGGAUUCACAGCAGAUCCUGCACAAUAUUGAGCAAGAUGAACUUGCUAGUUUUGAGCAAGCUUGGAAUGGUAGUGCUGGACCUCAUUUGCCUGGCUGGGGAAGGAACUUCAGUGGUCGUGAGGAUAUGAGGGCCAUUGGGAGUGGACAGAAUAAUCCACAUACUGGUCGUGGAGGGUGGGCCCUUCCUUCAACAGAACGUCCGAAGCCGAUGAUUGGGCGGCCUGUAGUAAACAACCCGGUAGAGCGGAGCGGAUCUUCACGCCGGCAGGACUCGGGGAAGGCAAAACAUGCAGAUGGCAGAGACAAGCAUCACCACUCUUCCGGAUGGGGAGGAGGAGAUCAGGCUGCCUGAUUAGGCACCACAUGACAAGAAUCGCCAUUCUGCUGCUUUAAGCUUGACCCACUGCAAAUCUCAAGUAUAUAUAUAUAUAUGGUGGCUACUUCGGUGCACUCACUUUUUUAGUGCAUCCAUCCCUAAAAGUGUCCAAAUUUUGAACUUUAAUGAGUACUCUCAAUCUAAUAGGAUAAAUUACAAGUUUGGUCACUUGAAUUACUAGUAAAUUUCACGUUAGCCACUAGAAUUAUUUUAUUCCAUUCGUAGUCACUUAAAUUAGAUUAACAAGUUAAGUUUGGUCACCGGCAGUUAGUCUCCAUUAACUUUUGCUGAUGUG